AUGUAACGAAGUGUACCGCCACCGGCGGAGCUGCUCGUCUCUAUAAACAGGCUUCUCCAGAUGCAGCUUUCCACCCGCUCUUUGUCCGCGACUGGCUGACUGACGAUGCGUUUCCCUUUAAGGUGAUGUCGUACACAAUUAUACCUCAUUUAAUCAUUCUGUGUAAUGUCGGCAGAAACCAGAAACCAGGACUAAACCGGUAACGUUAAAAAAAACCGGUAGGAGAGGUCUAGCAUCACCUCAUCUCCAAGUGGCUAACAGGAGUCCAGUGUCCUUGCUCGUGUCAACCGCAGCUCUGGUGUCUCUCAGAGGCUGCAGCACGUCUCCGGGACAGACAUGUCUUUUCAUUUAACCGACGGAGCCGAGGAGACACGGUGAAUGCGGCGAGACUGCCCUCUACUCAAUUGUCUCCCCGCUCGCGCCGCAAUGCUUUGGAUGUUUUGGAAAAGACAACGGGCUGUAGCAUUCCGCCUACCAGUGGACAACAUUUUGUAAAAGGAGCUCUCCCACGUCUCUCCCCCUCUGCCUGGGGGACCAACCAUCACAACAACCCCCCCCCUUCCCUUCUCCACUUUUAACCUUAUCUAAUGAUGACAUCCCCGGACUCUCCCCCUCUGGUCUCCCCGUCCCCGUGUCCCGCUCCCCCUCCGUCCCUCCCCUCUUCCCCGGUUCCCUCCUCCCCGGCCCCUUCCUCCUCCUCGCUCCCCGCCCCGCCCUCGCUGCCUCCCACGGGGGAGGUGAUGGUGCUGGCUCUGGGCCGGAAGAAGCAGAGGGUCCUGAUUGCUCUCUCCAUCCUGCCCAGCCUCUUCCUGGCCUUUCUGCUCUCCUCCGACCCCCUCAUCACCCUGUCGCAGCCCCACCACUGCCACCUGCCGGGGCCCCUGCCAUCCCCCGAAGUGCUGAAUGCCUCCCUGCCCUGGCAGAAGGGGGAGAGGCCCGGGGACGGCGGGGGCCUGUCCCAGUGUAAGCAAUAUGUCAACGGCAGCCAGUCUGCGGUGGUGGACUGCGAGGCCGGCUGGGACUACAACGUCACGGAAGGGCUGAGGAACAACAUUGUCACUGAGUGGGAUCUGGUGUGUGGUCAGUACUGGCUGGUGCCAGUGGAGGAGGUGUGUUUCAUCCUGGGCGUCCUGACUGGCUGUCUCGGCCUGGGCUUUGCCUCUGACAGACUGGGCCGGUCCAAGACCCUGCUGACCUCUCUGACCCUGUCGGUGGUGUUCGGGGUGUUGGUGUGCGUCUCUCCGUACCCCUCCAUCUUCAUCGUCAUGCGCUUCUGUUUGGCAGCAGCCAGCGGUGGUGUCUACCUCACGCUGUACAUCACUCGUCUGGAGCUGUGUGAGCCCUCUCUGAGGCUGGUGGUGACCAUGCUGGCCGGGCUGACGACCGUAGCCGGAGAACUACUCCUACUGGCCGUCGCCCUGGGCUGCCAGUCCUGGAGGGGCCUGCUGGGAGCCGGCGCCGCCCCACUGACACUUUUCCUUUGUUAUGGCAUUCCCGGGGUGUUUCCAGAGUCUCCUCGCUGGCUCCUUCUGUCGGAGAGAUCAGCGGACAUGAACUCCUUCACUGAGAGAAGAAACUCCAACAGAGAUAUGAGGGACGACGAGAGCUUCACAGAGCUGGAUUCAGAGCCGGCCCCCUCCUCACGCCCCCGCCUGUCCUACCCUGAGCUCUUCCACAGCAGGAACAUCUGGAAGAACAUGUGUGUGCUGGGCUUCACCUCAUUCAUCUCUCACGGCAUCAGUCACUGUUACAGCUCUUUCCGAGGUGACGUCAGAGGCACGGCCCCGAGCUUCUAUUGGACGUACCUGCUGUCUGUGUGCGCAGGGGGCGGGGCCUGGCUGUUGCUCUGGGCGACCGUAGACAGGUGCGGCCGCCGAGGCAUCCUGCUCCUCUCCAUGACGAUGACGGGCCUGGCCUCUCUGAUCCUCCUGGGACUCAUGGAGUACCUGAGUGAGACGGCCAUCACUGUGUUCUCAGUGCUGGGUCUUUUCUCCUCCCAGGCCACCGCCUCCCUCUGCAUCCUCUUCACCGCAGAGAUCAUGCCCACCGUCAUCAGGGGCACCGCCGUGGGCUCCGUGCUGGCCCUGGGCUGCGUGGGCCGCCUCACCUCCCCGCUCAUGGACCUGAGAAACCACUACGGCUACUUCCUGCACCACGUGGUCUACUCCUCUCUGGCCCUGCUGGCCGUGCUGUCCAUCCUCCUGCUGCCCGAGAGCAAGAGGAAGCCGCUGCCCCAGACGCUGGCCGACGGGGAGCAGUACAGGCGCCCCCCGCUGGGCAGGAGGAGGCGGGACAAUGUGCCGCUGCUGGCCACACCCAACCCAGAGACCUAAAAAAAAAAAAAAAAAA